AAGCCUUUUUGGUUCAAAUUUUGCGGUCAACCAAUUGCAACUUCCAGAAUGGAAGUCCCAAAAGAGAUGAAGGCAUGGCGUGCCCAUGCUUAUGGCGAAGAGGGCAACCCAGCGGACACCAUCGGGAAGAUGACCCUAGACACCGUUCCCGUGCCGGAACCGAAGAAGGGCCAGGUUUUGAUCAAAGUGGAGCUGGCAGCAGUGAACCCCAUCGAUUGGAAGCUUUUCAGUGGAGGUCUCCAUGGCAUCGCUCCCGUGUCUUUUCCCUAUGUUCCGGGCUUUGACCUCUCAGGCACCGUGGCCAAGCUGGGUGAGGGCGUCACAGGACUGGCUGUGGGAGAUGAGGUUUGUGUGGACACUGGGCUUUGUGAAACCUGCUGCACGGACUCUCCUUGUGGACCAGCUGGAGCUUUUGGAGAGUAUGCAGUGGCUUUAGCGGACACCGUGGCCAAACGAGAUGGCUUGAGCUCGAAGGACUUGGUCGGGUUGCCUUUGGCCGGGCUCACCUCUUACCAGGCCAUUUUCACCGGGGCUGGACGUGACUUCGCAGGUGCCGAGCUUGGGAAGUUGAGUGCUGGGCAGAAGCUCCUGGUCCUGGGGGGUGCGGCUGCCACUGGAGCCAUUGCCAUUCAGCUUGCCAAGACAGUGGGUGCUUAUGUUGCCACUACAGCAAGCCCAAACAAGACAUCCGAUGGAAUGAGCAAGAUUGACUUUAUGAAGCAGCUUGGUGCCGAUGAAGUCAUCAACUACAAAGAGGCUGACUGGGCUGAUGUGCUCGCAGGGAAGGAUUACGACUUGAUUUUUGAUUGCGUGGGAACUCCUGAAGACUGGCCCAAGGCAAGCAAGGUCCUGAAGAAAGGAGGCACUUUCGUCAGCAUUGCGAAUUUCGGAGACGUCAAGUCCACAGAGGAUCAUGCCUUCAAGGUGUUCCUACUGAAAUCCAACGCGGAUGACCUCACAAAGCUCGUGGCGUUGGUGAAAGCAGGAAAGCUGAAAGUGCCAGUGGAUUCCAUUGUCCCCUUCACUGAUGUGCCUGCUGUCCUGACCAAAAGCAUGAGCUGGGCAUCCGCAGGAAAGCUAUGUGUCCAAGUGUCAAGUUGAGCUGCCAAGCAGCACGGCUCUUUUGCAAUUCCGAAGAUGUAGGCUUACAUGCAGGUACAGACUGCAUGACAGCCUCCUGAGAUUGGCUUCACAGCCAGCUUCUCCAAAUGCGUUGGCCUGCACAGGGGCCUAAGUUCUCAGAGUC